UGAAAGGUUGACCCCGCAAUUGUGUAACACAUGACCUGCUGUUCGACCGCCCAUGUUAGAAUGAACAUACGCUAUACAACAACAACUGUGUCGUAAGAAUGUGGACGUUCUUGGGGACUGCUAUGCCGGAUGUGUCUUGUCGACAAUCGUCCCUUUCAUAGGAUCGUGCAACGAUCGUGCGACGUCCGGUCUGUGUGAAUGCGGUUUAAACACAUCCAGCUGGUACUGAAGUUGUGUGGAUCGCGUAAACUUUGAACCUUCGGCUCUGAAUUAUUAGAUAGACACAUUGCUUGUCUGUCAGGACAGAGGACCAUGGCGGUAUCUUUGGGAAAAUACCGGGGCUGGAUCGCUGUGCUGGGUGGAGUUUUAGUUCACCUAACCCUAGGAACUAUCUACACAUUCGGUAACAUGAACCCAUACUUAACGUCGUACAUCCGGUUGAAGUCCUCCCCUUCGGACCUAACGUACAAGGUGUCUGUGUGGGUGUUCUCUCUCCAAGGCGCGGGCCAGGGGCUGAGCAUGUUUGUCGGCGGCUACAUCUCCCGGAGGAUCGGCCCGAGGUGGACAGCGCUGCUGGGGGGAUGGUUCAUGAGUGCGGGAGUUAUUCUGACGUACUUCACAGUGAGUCACUCCUUCUACGCCAUCUUGGCGACGUACGGCCUGAUGUUCGGACUCGGGAUCGGUAUAGCUUACGCGCCACCUUUGGCUUGUGCAAUGAAGCUCCAAGCCGAUCCGGAGGAGGUGGCUCCCCUAGCACGGUCACCUUCUGAAGGUAGUCUGAACGAUGACUUGGACAUCCAAGAAGACAGCAGUGUCCAGAACGACCGUUUCGCGCCGAAACCCAUCGAGAGAAGGUCCUUAUCUCCUGGUCAAAUACUGAAGACCCGGGAGUUCUACAUGUUGUGGUUCAUGUUCUUCAUGAACGGGAACGCCGUGGUGUUCAUAUCAACGUUAUGGAAGGCGUUCGGUCAGACGAAGAUCCAAGACGACCACUUCCUGGCUCUGGUGGGAGCCUUCUCUGCCGUACUGAACGCCGUGGGGAGACCAUUCUGGGGCUGGCUGGCAGAUAGAUACUCCUUUAAAGUAUCCCUGAUGGGCCUGUGUACCUCCAUGAUAUUCUUCACCAUGACGUUAUUCGCCGUUCCUGACGAGGCAGACGCCGGGGUGGGGGCAAAGGUCAUGUUUUUCAUCUGGAUCUGUGGAAUCUUCGGGUCGUUCUGUGGAAACUUCUCGCUUUUUCCAACAGCAACGGCCAAAACGUUUGGCCCAGACUACGUGGCAGUUAACUAUGGACUCGUUUUCACCUCUGGGUUGGUUUCGUCCAUCACCGGUGGAAUCAUCACCUCGGCACUGAUGUCGGCCCUUGGCUGGUUCGGCAUGUUCAGUCUGGUGUCGGGCAUGACGGCGAUCAGUGGGAUCAUCGCAUUCCUCUUCAAGGCCAAGAAUGCAGAAGGAAGGGACAUCUAACACGACUCGUUCUGCUUCAUAGAAAAAAAAUCAACAAAUUUUACUUCGUUACCACGCUGCUGUGAAUAAAGACUGAUUCUACAAUUUAA